AUGUCGAAAAAGGAGAAUAAUGUUGUUACUACAUCCCGAAAACAUAUCGGUGAAGGUAGCGUCGAAGGAGAAGGCGCUAAUGGCGACACUUCUGAUACAGACACUCUAUCUUCACAGACAACACCUCAAUCGACUACACCACCGACACCCGGAGAAGUAGAUAUCGAGAUGCCAGACGCUACCAAGACGUUAAAUAGACAACCACGUCAACUCGAAUGCUAUAAUUGUGGUAUUAAUAGUACACCGCUUUGGCGUCGAACGCCUGAUAGAAUGCAUUCGCUGUGCAAUGCGUGUGGUCUAUAUUAUAAACAGUAUAGCACUCAUAGACCUUUGCACAUUAUACAUAAGACUAGACCACCGUCUCGGCCAUAUCCUCAUUAUAUCUUGCCAGCUGAGAAGCAAAGAGUUUCAAGUAAUAAUAACAAUGUUAGCACUAAUUCAUCAUCAUCUACUAUGAAUGCUGGAGGAGGAUUACCAUUACAUCCGCUGAAAGAAGAACCUCUCGACCACAAUAUGAAUCAAUCUUCGGAUAGUUCGACGACUGUCACUGAAAUACCUGUUCAAUGUAAUAAUUGCGGUCAGACCCAAACGCCAUUAUGGCGAAAAAAUGAACGAGGUCAACCAUUAUGUAAUGCAUGUGGAUUAUAUGCAAAAAUGCAUAAUCGAGACAGACCAAUUGCAAUGCGAAAAUCGAAAAUUCAGCGUAGACGUCGUGACUGGGGUUCCAAUUUUAGUAGCCCUGAUCCGAAUGCAAGUAACGUCGAAGGGUCAGGAUCUGAAGAAAUAUCCGCCGAUUCAAAUCCUCAUAGUCCAGCCAUGUCACCGUCACCACUUAAUCAUUCACAGCGUCCUAUUGCACCUUUACCAUUAUCCCUUGCACCAGCAUUGUUAACUCUGGCAGACGCGGCUACAAGUCAGCAAGAGCAGCAAGAGCAAAAAGAGCAUUUGGAGCAAAAAGAGAAACAAGAAAUACAUGAACUAGCACAAAAUGAACCGAUGAAACCCGAAGCUCUUGUCGCACUCGAAUCUUUAAUAUCCAUGGCGCCUCAAUCAAACGAGCAAUAUGGAACGCAAAGCUCAAUGAUUGCAUCUUCAUCGUCAGAUUCUGCACUGAAAACAAAUAAUUUGGUGCCCAUUGCACCCCAACCUAAUGGCACUACUACUAUUACUACCAAUCAACCUUAUAUGCCACCACCAUUUGAUUUUUAUGAUGAAUCAAGCUUUAUGGCGUUAGUUGAGAAGAUGACCCGAAAACAGGUAGAAGAAUUUCUUGUUGUUAUGGAACGAAGAUGUGAAAUCCUGAAAACUGUGUUGAAAGUAAAAGCUGAAUCAUCGUCAACUUGA